GGACGGGCACCGGCGGCUCCUCGAAUGAUAAUCCGUCUCUAAAAAUAGGGCCUGGGGCCCGAGGGAGGGACGCCGACGGAGAAGAAGCCUCUUGGUCCUGGUCGGCUCCGAGAGGUCUCGCCUCAGAGCCGCUCUAGCCGUCGCGGACUCCACAUUCCACCGGAUAAGCUCGCUGUGCGUGUCGGUGACCAGGCUCGCUAUCUCGGACAGGGCCUCAGAUAUCACGCGUCCCUUCCUUUCUGCUGGACUCGCAAGCCCUUGAGUCGUGACGAGUAAACCGCAAACAUGUCCGACGACGAGGAGCAAUACUCCAGUGAGGAGGAGGUCGAGGAAGUGUAAGCAGCCGGAGAAGAAGAUCGAGGGUAGGGCGUCCCAAAAGGAAUCGGAAAAUCCGGAGUUUAUGAAGAGACAGGAACAGAAGAGAAGCGACCUCGACGAACAGCUAAAGGAAUACAUCGCGGAAUGGCGGAAGCAAAGGGCCAAGGAGGAGGAGGAACUGAAGCGGCUGAAGGAGAAGCAAGCGAAGCGCAAGAUCACCCGCGCCGACGAGGAAAAGAGACUGGCCCAGAAGAAGAAGGAGGAGGAGGAGCGUCGCCAACGUGAAAUCGAGGAGAAGAAGCAACGGGAAAUCGAGGAGAAGAGAAGGCGCCUGGAAGAGUCCGAGAAGAAGCGGCAGGCGAUGAUGCAGGCGAUGAAGGAGCAGGCCAGCAAAAAGGGACCCAACUUCACCAUCACCAAGAAGGACCUCGCCGGUAACCUCUCGUCGGCGCAACUGGAGCGCAACAAGACGAAAGAACAGCUCGAGGAGGAGAAGAGGAUCUCCCUGAGCUUCCGCAUCAAACCCUUGGAGAUCGACGGGCUCUCGAUCGACAAACUCCGCGCCAAGGCCACCGAGCUCUGGGAGACCAUCGUCAAGCUCGAGACGGAGAAGUACGACCUCGAGGAGCGCCAGAAACGCCAGGACUACGACCUGAAAGAGCUCAAGGAGAGACAGAAGCAGCAGCUGAGGCACAAGGCUCUCAAGAAGGGUCUCGACCCCGAAGCCCUCACCGGCAAAUACCCGCCCAAGAUCCAGGUCGCCUCCAAGUACGAACGCCGCGUCGACACGAGGUCCUACGACGACAAGAAGAAGCUCUUCGAGGGUGGCCUGACCGAACAACAGAAGGAAAUAGUCGAGAAACAGUGGACCCAACAGAAGGAACAGUUCCUGGGUCGCCAGAAGACGAAGCUGCCCAAGUGGUUCGGCGAGAGGCCGGGUAAGAAGAAGGACGACCCCGAAUCUCCGGAGGGAGAGGAGGACACCAAGGCCGCGGUAGACGACGACCUCGAGGAGCCCCAGUUCGACGAGGAAGAGGGCGAGGAGGAGGCCGAGGGCGAGGAGGAGGAGGAAGAGGAGGAGGAAGAGGAGGAGGAGGAGGAGGAGGAAGAGGAAGAGGAGGAGGAGGAGGAGGAAGAGGAGGAGGAGGAGGAAUAAGCUUCCGUCGGCCAUUUUCGCUCGCGUCGGCAACUAUCCGUCGGCCGUGGCGCACGCGCCGUAACUCCGCGACCCGCUACUUCUACUUCUACUUCUACUUCUACUUCUACGUCUACUCCAUUACCUACGCUACAAUUAUUCUACGGAAGGGCAGAAUCGCGCAAGGCGGCCCGGACGCGGGGGAAGCCGCUCGAGUCGCUCCUCCCUCGGGAACUCUCCGGACGCGACUCCGGCACGCGACGAGGCCGCGCGCGCCUACUACUUCCACUACUACUUAUUACUAUUACAAUAUCAUACGAGUACACGGAUUAUUAAAAUAAAGCGAUUUAUCGUAUAA